UUAAAUGUUAAAUCUAAAUAUUAUAUAUAAAUCUAAAUGUUAAAUGUUAAAUCUAAAUGUUAAAUGUUAAAUCUAAAUGUUACGGGAAACUAAAUAUUUAGCUAAUAUGCAAAUUUAUUGUACGGGUCAACGGAAAUACCAAAAUAAAAGCUUCAAGAAAACCUCCCACGCUAAAGUGUGCCAGUCGUGGUCAGGUUGUGUGUCUGCGCUCCUCUCAGGGUCACUUUUGACUGCCAUGAGCUGUUUCACCUGUUCCCUACCAGCAUGUCCAGCGAUUUAGCUGAAAACAUUGGAAGAGCCGUUUUGUCGGCCAUCCAACGAUUCAGCGGUAGUGCACCCUCAACCUCACAAACACCGCAGCACUUGGAAUCCAGCAAUGCACCUGGACCAAGUAGACCUGCCGUCUCCACUGGGAUAUCAUACCGCUCGGAUGGUUACCAAGGAAGGCUUCAGAUUUCCAAAGAGGAAUUGGAAAAUGUUCUUUCCCUGAAAACAUCUUUUACUGAAGCUGCAUCUAUCCUUUCCAUCUCCAUGCCCACUCUGUAUAAGUUACUGCAAGACUAUAAUAUCUCAGUGUCAAAAUUCAAUGUAAUCAGUGACCAUGAGUUAGAUCAGAUAGUGUCCCAGAUAAAAACUGAACAUCCAAAUGUUGGAGAAGUGAUGCUGAUGGGUCAUCUGCGUUCCAAAAACAUAGUGGUUCAAAGAUGGCGCGUAAGAGAGUCACUGCGGAGGGUGGACUCGCCUGGUGUUCUAUCCAGGAGAAGAACUGCAGUUGCUCGGCGAGUAUAUUCUGUGCCUCAUCCAAAUUUCAUAUGGCACAUAGAUGGAAAUCACAAGCUGAUUCGUUGGAAGUUUGUUGUUCAUGGUGCAAUAGAUGGAUACAGCAGGAUGUUGAUGUUUCUUCAGUGCUCCAGCAAUAAUCGAGCUGAGACUGUGAAAGCUCUCUUUACUGCAGCUGUUGGACAAUUUGGCAAACCCCUGCAUAUCAGGACUGAUCAUGGAGGAGAGAACGCUCAGAUUUGGGAGGAGAUGCGAGCAAGCAGGGGAUACCAGUGA